AUCUAUUGCAUCCCAUCCCAAAAUUUGCAUUAUUAUAGAGUUGGCUUUUAAUUUAAUUUUGUGGUAUCUUAAUGGUUUCAAUGGAGUUUCAUCUCCUGCCCAUCUUUGUUUUACUCUGUGUGAUGUUUGUAAGAAGCAAUGCUUCUGUUCCUGCUGAGGUAUAUUGGCAUUCCAAGUUACCAAACACUGCAAUGCCUCAAAAGCUGCAUAAUCUUUUAUAUUGUGAUUUGGGUGAAAAAUUUCCUUUUUGGGAUAUGGGAGCCAAGCCGUCACAAAGAUAUGUGAAUCAAGACCGAGGAUUAAAAAGCUAUACCUAUAGUCAACCAUUCAGAACAAAAGAAAAUUAUGUUUAUAGCGAACCUUCAAAGUCAGAAAGCUAUGUUUACAGACAUCCUUCAAAGCCUUCUGAUGGUUAUGUGUAUAGCCAAUCUUCUAAGCCGACGGAGGAAGGCUAUGUUUAUAGCCAGUCUACUAAGCCGACGGAAGGCUAUGUUUAUGGCCAGUCUUCAAAGCCGACGGAAGGCUAUGUUUAUGGCCAGUCUUCAAAGCCAUCCGAAGACUAUGUAUAUAGCCAGUCUUCAAAGCCGACGGAAGGCUAUGUUUAUGGCCAGUCUUCAAAGCCGACGGAAGGCUAUGUUUAUGGCCAGUCUUCAAAGCCGUCCGAAGGCUAUGUAUAUAGCCAGUCUUCAAAGCCGACAGAAGACUAUGUUUAUGGCCAAUCUUCAAAGCCGACGGAAGGCUAUGUUUAUGGCCAAUCUUCAAAGCCGACCGAAGGCUAUAUUUAUGGCCAGUCUUCAAAGCCGUCCGAAGGCUAUGUAUAUAGCCAGUCUUCAAAGCCGACGGAAGGCUAUGUUUAUGGCCAAUCUUCAAAGCCGACGGAAGGCUAUGUUUAUAGCCAAUCUUCAAAGCCGUCGGAAGGCUAUGUUUAUAGCCAGUCUUCGAAGCCGUCGGAAGGCUAUGUUUAUAGCCAAUCUUCUAAGCUUUCAAAACCGUCGGAAGGCUAUGUUUAUAGCCAGUCUUCAAAGCCGACGGAAGGUUAUGUUUAUAGCCAGUCUUCUGAACCGAAGGAAGGCUAUGUUUAUAGACAGUCUUUUAAGCCAACAGAAAGUUAUGUUUAUAGUCAAUCUUCUAAGCCGUCCGAAGGCUAUGUUUAUAGUCAAUCUUUAAAAUCGAACCAAGAGCCAUCAAGAGCUUAUAAUAGCCGACCUCUUAAAACAACAGAAGGUUAUGUUUACAAUCAACCCUCCAAAUCAAUAAAAGGUUAUGUCUAUAGUCAAGCUUCUAAAUCUAAUCAAGGAUAUGUCUAUAGUCAAUCUUCGUCUCAUGGCUAUGUUUAUAGUCAACCCUCCAAAAAGAAACAUGGAGAAACCAUUGAUCAUUCAGCUAUAUUUUUCUUCUUACAUAGUGAUCUCCAUGAAGGCAAAACAAUGAGGUUUGAAAUAACCGAAUCAACAAACAAGGCAAGAAUUAUACCUCGUCAAGUUUCCGAGUCCAUUCCAUUUUCAGCCGAAAAGUUGCCCGAAAUAUUUAUGAAAUUUUCGACAAGUGCUGACUCGCCGCAAGGUGAAAUGAUCGAGAAAACAGUUAAGGAUUGUGGGUUUCCAGGGAUCAAAGGAGAAGAUAAACUUUGCACAACAUCUUUAGAAUCCUUAAUAGACUUUGUAGUUGCUCACAUUGGGAACAACGCUCAGGUAUUUUACAAUGAGAUGGACGAGGUUAAGACAACAGAGCAGGAAUACAGUAUCAUGGGAGUGAAUAUGAUCGGAGAGGACCCAGUGGUGUGUCAUAAGCAGAAAUAUCCAUACGCAGUGUACUACUGUCACGAAAUCAAAGACACCAAAGUGUACAAAGCUCCAUUAAUGGGUGCUGAUGGGACAAAAGUUGAAGCAAUAGUUGUUUGUCACUUUGAUACCUCAAAUUGGAACCCAGGAAACAUAGCUUUUUUGCUUCUGAAUGUUAAGCCUGGACAGGAAACUAUUUGUCACGUUAUUAAAAGUGACACUCUUGUCUGGUUACCAACCGAUCAAGUGAUGAUGGGAGACAGAGACAGGUCAGAGAUUAACCAUCUCUCUACUACUGCUUAAGACUAUGGAUGCUUUGUAAUUCAUGUUUGAAUAUUUGUGUCGUGCCCCUUUGCUUGCAUGUCUUCCGUUAAUUCCUUGUAAGCACGUGUGUGUCUAUGUACUUUGUAAAAAAUGUAAUGCAAAUAAACCUUAAAGUUUGUGCGUGA